AUGAAUACUCAUCUUGAAGGUAUUAAAGACGCACCCUUACUGACGGGGAAUAUAUCAGAAUUAGAAGAUGACGACGAUGAUGAUGAGGUUGCUGAUAUAGAAGAGGGUCAAAGUAACCUUGAUAAUGAGAUUAUUGAUCUUCCAUUGAAGGCUAAACUGCUUCAAACAAAUAAUUUCCCAGAAUUAACAGCAGAUUGGAAUAAUAAUAAUAGUAGUAGUGGUACGCCCGGCACACCAAAUGGUAUCAAUAAUGUUUGUACUGGUAUUAAUAGUGCUAAGAGAGUAAGAUUUGAAGAAGGUUUGGAUGAUAGCGAUACUGAAACUGGAUUAAGACGUUCUUCCAAAUCUAAUAAGAUUCCAGUUGAAGAGUUGCUUCAAUCUGCUAGUGAUGUUAAUGAUUAUCUGGGUGAAAAUAUUGAGAAAAUGAAUAGUUUCAAGGGUGAUCCAUUCAAUGAUACGAAUUUUUACAGGAUAAUGAGCGAUGUAGCGACUCAAAAUACUACAAGAACAGAAUCUUUAUCUAAUUUUGAAUUAACAGAUAACGAGUUAGAAGAUCCAUAUAAGUUGGAUUCUAAUUUAGGACGAGCUUUAGAUCAAGAUAAUAAAGGAUCAUCAUCACCAAAUUCAAAACUAUUCGAUGAUCCCUUGUCAGUAUCGCAACAACAAUUAAUUUAUUCCCAACAAAGUGAUAAUCUGAGUAGUAGUAACUUGCAUUUAGAUCGUUCUGUUAGUAAUAAUGAGGAUAUGAAGUCACAAUCAUCAGAAAUAAAUUAUGGUGCUCGAAAAUUCGGGAAUUUAAAUAUUAACGACCAAAAGGAAGGAGAACAAAGCCAAAGUGAUGAAGAGGAGGAAAUAGAAAAUGAAGAUGACCUUCGAAAUACUUCAUUGUUAGUGAACCGUGAAGACGUUACUGAUACACCGUUUAAGGAAUUAUCGCCCGAGGAGGCAAUUAAUAAUUACAAAGAGACCAUUGACUUAAUUUUGAAAGUAUCUAAUUCUGAUGUUCCUGAUGAAAGUAAGAUGAUUUUAUCAAAUCCAGUAGAUACAAAGGAUUAUGUGAACUUCACAAUGAAAAAUACACCGUCCCUAUCAUAUGAAGAUUUUUUGAAACGAAUUCAGUCUAAAUGUAUGUUUGGCGCCAUAAUAUAUAUGUCAGCGACAUACUUAUUCCAAAUAUUACUUCUUAAUAGAGAUGACUCAAAGGGGCCAAUCAAAUUGAAAAAUAAAUUACAAGAAGUAGAGAUCCAUAGAAUGAUAAUAGCGACAAUACGAGUAGCAACAAAAUUAGUUGAGGAUUUUGUUCAUUCACAUCAAUAUUUUUGUAAAGUUUGUGGUGUUUCCAAAAGAUUAUUGAGUAAAUUGGAAGUAUCUCUGAUACUUGCUUUAAAACAUGACAGAUUAAUUAUUACAACUGAUGAGCUGGCAUCAUCCGUUCAGAUUUUGUCUGAAUUGAGGUCCUUUUCAACACAAUAA